ACGUCAUCUUAUCAGGAAGGAACACUUCAGUUGACAGUAAGCGGAGAGCCAGCGUGCGUAAGUAACUGUAAAUAAUAUUUGUCAGUGUAUUAUGCCUGAUGACAUGUCAAGGCCUUUAAUCCGAGGCAGAUGUGAGGGACGAAGCUCCACACACCUUGAGGCUGCAAUGUCUGAACCUGGUGCUCCAGUGAUCGGCAUCCUGGGUACGGGCGACUUCUCUCGCUCGCUGGCCAGAAGGCUGGUGACCUCGGGCUACCAGGUGGUGGUGGGGAGUCGAGUCCCCAAACGCUCUCAGGGUCUUUUCCCUGAAGAGGCUGAGGUGACCUCCCAGAUGGAGGCAGCCAGUCAGGCAGACCUGGUCUUUGUCGCUGUGUUCCCUGAGCACCACUCCACACUGGUGGAAUUAAAGCCAGCACUAGCUGGGAAGACACUGGUGGAUGUUAGCAAUGGUUUGCGAAUCAACCAAGAAGGGCCUUCCAAUGCUGAACAGCUGGCUGAUCUGUUUCCAGAAAGUUCUGUAGUCAAAGGGUUUAACACCAUAUCUGCCUGGAUGCUGCAGGUGGGCCCUCGGGAUGGAAGCAGGCAGGUUUUCCUGUGCAGUGACAGUCAACAGGCCAAGAGCUUGGUGAUGCAGGUCUGUCGCAGAAUGGGCUUCAUUCCCGUCGAUAUGGGCCUGCUGUCCUCUUCUCUGGAGAUCGAGAAUCUCCCCUUAUAUCUGUUUCCCUCUUGGCACCUCCCUGUCCUUUGCACCGUAUUUCUGUUCUUCUUCUUCUACCUGUACAACUUUACCCGUGAUGUCCUGCAGCCCUACAUCACAGCAGGGAAGAGUGCUUUCUACAAAAUGCCCAUUGAGAUUGUUAAUGUCACUCUUCCUUCAGUGGCCUUGGUGAUGUUAGCACUGGUCUAUCUACCUGGAUUGUUUGCUGCUUUCCUCCAGCUGUGGUGGGGCACCAAGUACAAUCGCUUCCCCAACUGGCUGGACCGGUGGCUGACCAGGAGGAAGCAGUUUGGGCUGUGUAGCUUUUUGUGUGCGGUUUUACAUGCCAUCUACAGCCUGUGUCUUCCCAUGAGGAAGUCCGCCCGCUUCAAACUGCUCGACGCUGCUGUUAAACAGGUGAAGGACGGGCUGGAGAACUCAUGGGUGGACACGGAGGUGUGGAGGAUGGAGCUGUACCUCUCUGUGGGCAUCAUGGCCCUUGGGCUGCUCUCUCUUCUGGCUGUCACCUCUCUGCCUUCUGUGGCCGGCACUGUCAACUGGAGGGAGUUCAGCUUCAUACAGUCCACACUAGGUUACUGUGCCUUGUCCAUGGCCACCCUCCAUGCAGUCUUCUAUGGCUGGAACCGUGCCUUCGUCCCAGACCAUUACCGCUUCUACCUGCCUCCCACCUUCUUACUCGUUCUGAUUCUUCCCUUGACGGUUCUGCUGGGCCGCCUGGCUCUCUUCGUGCCUUGCGUGGCCUGGCAGCUCAGACGGAUCCGUCGCGGCUGGGAGAAGAGCAAGCACAUCCGCUUCGCCCUGCCGGAUGACGAAUACCACAACGGGCUGGAGGAUGUCAGCAAUGUGUGAGAAACAUGCUGUUAGAUGUGUGUGAGGAUCCAGACAGAAAGGUGUAAAAGUGGAGCUGUGUGCACUCGUGAAUAUAAACGCCACUCAGACACACUCACAGAAGACAAAUGAUUUAAACAGGUGUGUCUCUGUGGCCUGAGAGAUUUCAGAGAUGUGUUUUGUUCUGUUCAACAAAUUAACCAGUUUCUCCUUGGAGAAUUAACCAGUAGAGCGGCCGCCCCUCAAACCUAUGGCACUAUGCAUUCAAAUAAUGAGUAGUUAGUUCAUCCUUGUGCCUUUUAUUUUAAUGUAUUAUUUUUGUUACUGUGCUUAAAGAUUCAAUUCAUAAUUGAUGAAGAACAGUAUUCGCUUCUGGUUACAUUGACCAAAAUACCAAACAAAGAAGAGAUGAUUGUGAGUUCAGGAUUGGGCCUCCAGAACUGAUCAUGUUAGCAACAGCAGCUGUCAGCACUGUCGUCCUGAGCUCAUUUGUAUACAUCUCUUAAGGGAAGGGUGAUUUAAAAUAUAAAAACAGCCCCCCCACAUCAUUUGCGUACAGUCCCUUAUUCAGGUAUUGUUCAUAAGUGGAAACCUGCAAUUUGUAUCGGUUGGCUGCUGUGACCUAAUUUACACUGGUAACUACAGACAAGUGUGUGAGUUUCUGAACAUGUUACAAAUAAUUUUUUAGUUUGAUAGUGAUGUUCUGAUCCCACCUGUUGAUAAGAAUCAGUCAGUAUACAACUGACUUAAAAAUGUGUUACAGAACUUUGUUCUUGUUUUACUGUGAACAUGAAAGACAGUUUCCUGCUGUGUGAUUUCAGCACGUUGUAUGUUCAGUAUGAGCCUGUGUGUUCUCAGUUUGUUCUUGCCAAAAAUGACUUUGUUACAUGAUUGACGUUUUGUGAUUCUAAAUUAAAAUGUCACAGCAGUUUUCUGAAAUUUAA